UGCUUACGUUGACAGGCGAACGACGUGACCUAUCCUGUGGGAGGUGCCGGUGUGACCUAGAGCAGCGGCCGGAGGAGAAGAUGGCAGCAGUGCGUUCCUUCAGCACUAGUGUGUCCAGACCAGUCUCCAAGCUGGUUAGGCCCCCAGUCCAGGUAUUUGGCCUGGAAGGUCGCUAUGCCAACGCUCUCUACUCUGCUGCCUUCAAAGAGAAGAAACUGGAUCAGGUGGAAAAGGAACUGACCAGAAUAUUGACACUUAUUAAGGACCCCAAACUGUCCAUCGUCAUUACUAACCCUCAUGUGAAGCGCUCAAUGAAACAGAAGACCAUUACCGAUCUCUUCACAAAGGAGAAGUUUUCCCCUAUUACCACCAACUUUGUCAAUUUGCUGGCUGAGAACGGUCGUCUAAGUAAAACUACUAGUGUGAUUAGUUCCUUUGCCAAGAUCAUGAGCGCACAUCGAGGAGAGGUGCCCUGCUCCAUCACUACUGCUUCACCUUUGGAUGAAGCAACUUUGACAGAAUUGAAGUCUGCUCUGAAUGGCUUUCUUGCCAAAGGAGAAUCUUUGAAAUUGGAGACCAAGAUGGACCCCACUAUCCUGGGUGGAAUGCUUGUCGGCAUUGGAGACAAAUACAUUGACAUGUCUACCAGAACCAAGAUCCAGAAACUGACCAAGAUCAUGAAAGACACUGUCUGAGCAAUACGCUUCUCUGAAUAUAUUAUAUUGAUCACCAGUUGCUGAAUAAAUCCUUUUAUUGAGUGCUGUGGAAACACACCUCCCUU